AUGAAGGACCUGGACAACAUCGAGUUCGUCAAUAGUAUGGCGCGGGCCGCCAUCGUCGACGAAUACCUAUACGUGAAGGCUACACGAGCGCACAACGACGACCACCGACGGAAGAUCCUAGGAGUGUUGAGCUCUAUUCAUCGGGCGUUAGUGACCAACCCCGGCGUGACAAUCGCAUCAACGGAGUUUGUAUUCUCUGUCGAGGACAAGCUGGACGAUGUGGCUGGACCGCAGCAUCCUCUUUGGAUUCUUGCCCGCAAACCAGACGAGGAGUCAGUGUGGCUGAUGCCGGACUUUGGCUUCUGGUCGUGGAACAACGACCACACAGACAGGCCGAUUGGGCCGUAUAACGCAGUGGUGGAUCGCAUCGUGCGCCGAGAGAAGGACGAGUAUCCGUGGGACGAAAAGAAGCCGAAGUUGGUGUGGAGAAGAAAGUUGAGCUUUGCGGCGAAGAUGCGUCGAGGACUGCUGGAGGCCGCGAGAGAUCAACCCUGGGACGAUGUCAAGGAGCUAGGUUGGCAUCGCAGAGAGAAUUUCAUGACGAUGGAGGAUCAUUGUCAAUACCGGUAUAUCGCUCACGUUGAAGAUACGCUAGAAACACCGCUGUAUGCGCCAUUAUCCACGCGCCAAAGGAAAGGCCUCCCCGAAUAUCCCCAGUCCUAA